UCGGCGGGCGAGCGGGCGGCUGCCCAGAGGGGACAGCGAGGGCCAGGCGCGGAGCGAGGCGCCCACCGUCCCGCCGGCCCAGACCCACGCCGCAGCGCGCCGCAGCUCGCCGAGGCCCCGCGCCAUGGGCUUGCUGGAGUGCUGCGCCCGGUGCCUCGUCGGGGCACCCUUCGCCUCGCUGGUGGCCACCGGCCUCUGCUUCUUCGGCGUAGCGCUCUUCUGCGGCUGCGGGCACGAAGCCCUCACGGGCACCGAGCAGCUCAUCGAGACCUACUUCUCCAAAAACUACCAGGACUAUGAGUAUCUCAUCGAUGUCAUCCACGCUUUUCAGUACGUCAUCUACGGCACGGCCUCCUUCUUCUUCCUCUACGGAGCCCUGCUGCUGGCCGAAGGCUUCUACACCACCGGCGCCGUGCGGCAAAUCUUCGGGGACUACAAGACCACCAUCUGCGGCAAGGGGCUGAGCGCAACGGUAACCGGGGGCCCGAAGGGGAGGGGAGCGCGAGGCCCCCAGCGCGCUCACUCGUUGCAGCGAGUGUGUCAGUGUUUGGGAAAGUGGCUAGGACAUCCUGACAAGUUCGUGGGCAUCACCUACGUGCUGAGCAUCGUGUGGCUGCUGGUGUUCGCCUGCUCCGCCGUGCCCGUCUACAUCUACUUCAACACCUGGACCACCUGCCAGUCCAUCGCCAACCCCAGCAAGACCUCCGCCAGCAUCGGCACGCUCUGCGCGGACGCCCGCAUGUACGGCGUCCUGCCCUGGAACGCCUUCCCCGGCAAGGUGUGCGGCACCAACCUGCUCUCCAUCUGCAAGACCAGCGAGUUCCAGAUGACUUUCCACCUCUUCAUCGCCGCCUUUGUGGGUGCCGCCGCCACGCUGGUCUCGCUGCUCACCUUCAUGAUCGCCGCCACCUACAACUUCGCCGUGCUCAAGCUGAUGGGCCGCGGCACCAAGUUCUAGCGCCGCCGGCCGGCGCCCGGCGACCCCCCCCCAGCGCCCACGCUGACCCCCCGCCGCUAACGCCGCAGCCGCCAGGCCUCCCGCGCUAACCCGGCCUUCGCCGCCGCCUCCCUCCUCUUCCUCCCCGGCGCCCCGGCUCCGAGGCGAGCCGCCCCGCGGUGACCCCCCCGUGCACUCGGAGGGACCGAGCCGGGUCCCCCAAAGCGGCUCCGAGCGAGAGAAGGAAGCCGGCCUCGCGCCGGGCCCCCCCGGAGACACCCCCGCCGUCGAGAGGAGGAUUUUCCCCAUCCCCUAGCGAAAAAAGGUGAAUCCCCCGCCCCGAGCUGCCCGCUGCGGCCGAGGCAGAGGGGGUUUAGGGCAAGGAUCUUCCCGUGGCGAAGAGAGCGCUGACCCCGCUGCCGGCCGAGCCCGGGCGUGCUGCAUCCUCCCGCGGCGCCGGAGCCGCCGCCGGCUUCUCCCCCCGCAUCCUUCUCCCCCCGCAUCCUCUCCCCCCGCAUCCUUCUCCAGCCCGUCCUUCCCCGCUCCUUAACGCCCGGCUUCAGGGUUAUUUAUCGGAGCGGCUCCUCCCGGCGGCACGCUCCAGCCCGCGGGGAUUUAUUUUAUUGCACUUUUCCCUUUUUUGGGUCUGUGUUAUUAUUUUCUUGCAGCAAGGGCCAGGCCGCCGCGCGGAGGGGGCGAGAGGCCGGGCAGGGUCGGGCGAGCCGCAGGGACCCGCGUGGGGCUUUUCGGUGCCUUUCUUUUCCCUUUUUUUUCUUUUUGGUGUCGAUUUAACAGCGAGUAACCAGCUCCUGCCCCCCCCCGCCGCCUCCCCGGCCUCAAGCGCACACACACACACGCACACGAGAGAGUUAAUCAGCCGCCGGUGCCUCCUUCCCUCCCCACCCAGACUCUCAACUUGCUAACAAGCAAUAAAAAAAAAGGAGCAAGUUUUUAGAGCCUUAUCUUACCAGAUGUGUUUUAUAAAGAUUAAGGAAAAUAAAUUAAAAUUAAGAACAGCCUGAA